AUGCACCUGUAUUCCCACGAAGUCAUCACGGAGGCGCUCAUCCUUCGGACGAUGAUAACUAUCCCUGUUCCUGAGGUGCGACAAGUCGUCCUGAACGCCUCCUCCAAUACCUACAUAUUUAUGGAGUAUAUCGAUGGUAAGACACUAGCCAGCUGCUGGAUCGCCUUACCCUCCUCUCGAAACUUCGCAUCGCUUGGACACUGCGUGGUCACAUCGGUCAGCUUCACCGUCUCCGGAGGUUCGUUCGCUUCCUAUGACGAGAUGACGGAAUGGCUCAACCACAAGUUGGAUGCGUCUCAGCGGAUGAAACACGCGCCCGUCGAUGCCCCUCGUUUCGAUAUCUCGUGA